AUGGCACGCGACGACUUACCCUACACUGACACAGCCCGCGCGCUCGCCUCGCAGAUAGAAGACGACGACGAUACUAUCCUCCCGAUCGCACAUGGCAGAAGCACAUCAGAGCCACUUUGGCAGCGACGUUCCAUACAACGGUCUAACGAUCAACGACCGCGAUGGCUCCAAAAUGCGGAAACUAUACAACGGCGAGCAGUCAAGCUAUGGUUUCACUUCACACCUUUACAACGAGCCGGCAUCAUUAUACUCAAUGUAAUUCUACUCGUGGGGGUCAUACUGGGUCUGGUGUACAACGAGCGCAUAUUCCGAUGGCUUGCGCCAGCCGCUAAAAGAUGGCGAGAACUGCCCGGAGGUUGGCUGAUACUAUGGUUCAUGACUUUCUUCGUAUCCUUUCCGCCGUUGAUCGGAUACUCGUCGUUUGUAACUAUAGCUGGGUUUGUGUUUGGCAUGAAGGGUUGGUUUAUCAUGAGCACGGCGACUGUGCUUGGGUCGACGGCGUCGUUCAUUGCUUCGCGAUCGGUGCUGAAAGGGUUCGUGAGCAAGUUGACUGAGAAGAACAAGCGCUUCGCGGCACUCUCCCUGGUGCUCAAGCAUGAUGGGCUCAAGCUUCUGAUCAUGAUCAGGCUGUGUCCACUGCCAUACAGUUUAAGCAAUGGCGCCAUCAGCACGAUACCAACUGUGACCUGGCCGAACUUCAUGCUCGCGACGGCGAUUGUGUCGCCAAAAUUGUUGCUUCACAUCUGGAUCGGCAGCAGGAUAGGCGAUUUGGCCGAGAACGGCGACAAGAUGGACUUCAGGACAAAAAUCACCAGCUACAUCAGCAUAGUAAUUGGCAUUGUCGCAGGUGUCGCUACAGGUUACUUCAUCUAUAUCCGGACCAAGGCACGCGCGAAGCAGCUCGAAGCGGAAGAAGCAGCAGCUGUUGCGGAGGGCGGUCCACCGGCUGAUUCUUCGUACAUUGAUGAGCCGUCCGAGCGAGGUGCUGUCGCCGCGCUGAGAGGCGCAGACGAUGUGUCACUGCAUACCACGUAUGAUGAUGAUCUCGAAGGCAGACGUGGGUAUAUGGACGAUUAUACCGAUGACGAGGAUGCUCAAGAGCGUGAUGUGUUCGCCGACGGCGACGGUGAUGACGAUGAGACCGCCGUCAACGAGGUGCAUCCGAAGUAG